CAACUAAUAUUAACGUCUUAUUUUACUGUUGCAUAAACCCUCCUGGUAAUGACGAAGAAGAGCAUUGUGGGACAUGAAUGGGUCCAACUGUGUGUCCCUCACCGCGUCAGCAGUCUCACGGGGAGAGAAUGUGCGCAUGACGACAAUUAUCCAGCUGUCUCGUGCUACAGAGCUCUUCCUGAGAGCGCCAGACACGCUCAGCCUGGCUGGAACGCAAACUUCAGCACAACACCUGCAUCCGUAAAAGCUCAGGCAGUCAUGUCUGCUGUCUACCUCCUCCUGCUGUUGCUGCCUCUGAUCUCAGCUCAGACGACACGCUGGGGUCCCUGCCCGACGCCACAGGUGCAGCCCAACUUCAACGUUCAACAGUACCUGGGAAGGUGGUAUGAGAUAGAAAAACUCCCCGCUUCCUUUGAACGAGGAAAGUGUAUGGAAGCAAACUACUCUUUGAGGAAAGAUGGGACCAUCCGAGUGGUGAACACUCAGAUCUAUAAGGACAAAGUGAGAGUUGCAGAAGGAACUGCUGUGAUUCCUGACGUGAGAGAAGCAGCCAAACUUGGAGUUAGCUUCUCCUACUUUACUCCCUACAGCCCAUACUGGGUCCUGACCACUGACUACUCCAGCGUGGCGGUUGUGUACUCCUGCACGGACGUCCUCCGCCUGUUUCACAUUGAAUAUGCCUGGAUUCUCUCACGCUCACGCUUCCUGCCUCCAGAGACGGUUCGUUACGCCCAAGAACUGCUGAUCAAAGAAGGAAUCGACGUUUUCAGGAUGAAGAUGACUGAUCAGAAGAACUGCAAGGAUAACUAGAGCUCAGACAGGCUCCUAAUAGUUGCUCCUAAUGACACUGGCAACUCCUCAGAAUAAAACUAUAUCACAUUUGAUUUCAACCCAUUCAGACAAAUAAAGUGAUUAAACAUCAA